AUGGACUUGUUUUUAAACACAAAUUGGAACAAAGUCACGCCAUGCCUAGUGUUAUUAGUGUUAGAAGUUUUGCUAGAAUUUUCAGAAUGUGCGACCCAGGCGGAAGUUAACAAGCACCUGGAGCUGGGCCGCGACUUCCUGGCCCGAGGUCAGCUGUCUGACGCACUCACACACUAUCACGCCGCUGUUGAGGGUGAUCCACAUAACUACCUCACAUACUUUAAGAGAGGCACUGUAUAUUAUGCACUCGGUAAAGCAAAGUUUGCUUUACAAGAUUUUAGUAAGGUGUUAGAGAUGAAGGCUGACUUCACAGCCGCCCGCCUCCACCGAGCUAAUGUGUACCUCAAGCUGGCUCAGUACAGGGAGGCCAAGGAAGACUAUCUACAAGUUACGUAUAGUGAACCUUACAAUGAGGAGGCCGUCUCUCUGUAUCAUCGUAUGGAUGGUCUGUCAGAGGAGCUCCAGUUAGCGGAGGCCUACUACCGCGGGCGGGACUUCGCCGCCGCCGCUGAACUCGCCUCACGCCUACUAGAGGCUUCCCCUUGGUCCGCUAACCUGAGACAACUUAGAGCCGAAUGCUAUAUAGCACUUAACGACCUGUUCUCAGCGGUGUCGGACAUCAGGUCCGUGAACCGUCUCCAACAGGACUCCACGGACGGCUACCACCGACUGGCCACGCUGCUGUACCAGCUGGGACACGUCAGUGACGCGCUCAAGGAAAUAAGAGAAUGUCUCAAACUGGACCCAGAACACAAGCUGUGUUUCCCGUUGUACAAGAAGUUGAAGAAAGUUGACAAACUGUUGUUGGAGUGUGAGGAGGCGAGUGAGAACAGAGAGUUCGGGAGAUGUGUGGAGCGGGCCGAGGGGGUGUUGAGGGUGGAACAGGAAGUGACGCUGGUGGUGUUCGAGGCGAGGAAGUGGCUGUGCUCGUGUCACGCUAAGGAGGAGCAGUACUCAGAAGCUAUCCUGGAGUGUGGGCGAGCCUUGGAGCUACAACGAGAUGCGGGCGUGUUGUGUUCAAGAGGAGACGCGUGGCUGGGACUUGGGGAAUAUGAUGAUGCUAUCAGAUCAUACAAGGAGGCGCUGGAACUGGACGAAGGGCUGCAGAGAGCCAAGGACGGGAUCAGCAGGGCGCAGAAACUACAGAAACAAUCUGAACAGAGGGACUACUACAAGAUACUGGGGGUUAAGAGAACGGCGAACAAACAGGAGAUAACGAAGGCGUACCGUAAGGCGGCUCAGAAGUGGCACCCGGACAACUUCCAGGGAGACGAGAAGAAACUGGCCGAGAAGAAGUUUAUAGACAUCGCCGCCGCUAAGGAGGUGCUGACGGACCCUGAGAAGCGCGCCGUGUUCGACGCGGGCGGUGACCCGCUGGACCCUGAGUCCGGCCGCCAGCAGCCCGGGUUCAACGCCCCCUUCGGUCACUUCCACCACGGCAGCCCCUUCCAGUUCAAGUUCCACUUCAACUGA